ACCGACUGCACACCGACCGAACGUGCUACUUGGGCCGUCCAGCAUCAAAAAUGUCUUGACUUUUGGAACAACAACGACGGGAUGUGUUUGUGUGUGCUCUGGGGGAAAAAAACGGCUCGUAAGUGAGAAAAACGCGACCCGAAUGGUGUAAAAACGGUACGUUUUGUGGCAGUGAGCGGCCGUCCAACGUAAGCAAUUGUGGUGAACGCCGUCCGUAUCGGUAGCACUGGGCCAAAUCCAAUGCCAAAAGGGUGCUGCAAAUCACCUACAGCGACCAGAGAGCAGAGCCAACCCUGGAGACGACCACCGCGAUUCGCGCAACACCCGUGUGGUGCUGUUGGUCGCGGAUUCGCGUGUGCGAGUGUGUGUGCGUGUGUGUAGUCUGUGCGUGUGUCCGCGAAUCUUCUUCUCACCCCAGAGUGCGUGCGUGAGGCCAGUGUGUGCUCCACUCUGCCCGGGGCCCGGAUCGUGAAGCACAAUAAUAACAUAAAAGUGAAUAACUGUGAUUGCAGUGAGUAAAGUGUCCGUGUGUUACAAUUAAAAAUAUAAAGAAACGGAGUGCAAGAAAAUAAAAGUGUAAAAAUACAGCAAAUUUUGAAUCGAAAAGACACACUUUUGCCCCAAAAAGGUGUGCAAGAGACAAGGCGUCUUGUUGGGCAGUGCUACAAAACGAAACAAAAACAUAAAACUCCAGCCUACUUUCUAUCAUUCGAAACGUACUUUCUACCAUUAGAAAGAGAAGGACAGAAGCUCGGUGCAAAGAUUCGUGUCUAGCAGCUUCCUCUGGGCGUUUAUGUUUUAGCUUUGCACAUCAUUGCACCAUCCCGAAGAACUCUUCUUGCUCUGGAAGGAUCACACAGACACACACGCUUCUACACACCACUUCAGGCCAUACCAACGGGAAGGAGAAGGAGAGGAUCUAGUGCCAAAUUUUAUCCGUUAAGAACCACCACGCCAUCGCCGUGAUGCAACGUGAUGCGAAAAGUGAAACAGAAACCAAUUUAGAGCAACGCUGAACGAUAAAAGCAUAGCAAAGGAGGAGUAAACCAAGUACCGAGAUCGAAAAAAUAGCACACAGACAGACCGUCUUCAAGAAUAACACAGCACAAUCACGCUAACGAAGGACGGCGGGCGCGGUAUCAUUUGCAUCCCUCUCCCCUCAAUCUCUAGUCAUCUGAGAAAUACUGAGCUGUGCGGCGGAAACGUCCGGCAACAUUUCGUUCGAAGAAGCUAUCCGAUUACCGAAUCGACUGCCAAAUUUUACUUCAUUCCAGAAUUGCAACGAAGACUUCAACAACCUGAGAAUAAAACAAAACAAAAAACUCCCACUGAAGAAUUGUAGUCAAAUAAUACUGUGCCGCAUCUUCCAUUCGGGAGGUUCACAUUUGUGUGACGCUUUCGAUAUAACGGAUAGGCGGCAAGUAAAAAUAGAACAUCUCUGCCGUGGGAAAAAGCUACCAAAAGCAUCACCAUUGUGCUCUUCCCUUCGCUCGGUACUACUAUUAAUAGCGGAACCGGUGGAAGCCGAAACCGAGAGUCCCCCCUCCCCAGACCCCGGCGGCCAUUAUGCAGCAAGUGAAGAAGCUUCCUUGAUUCUUGCCAAAAAUACACUUAACCCGAUCCGGAGAGGGAGAGAGAGAGGGAGCACCUCGAACCGAAAAGAAAGCCGGGGUGUAUCCUGGUCACGGCACCACAACCAUUCGCUUGCCGGGUUCGAUCCCACGGAAGCACAAUCUCACACACACGAAGGACGCAAAUAUAAAAACGUAGAGCGACAGUAGCAGCAGCAGCUAGCGCAACAGAAUGGGUAACAAAACGUCCUGCUGCUCGUACACGAGUCCACCGCCGACGCGGAAAGCGAAGGAAGCGCCCGUCUUUGAGGAGCACAUGCCCGAGGGUGAGCUAUCGGCGAACAAUCUGCAGCACAUCUCGGAGCGCGAGGGCGACGACGGGGAGCACGAUCCGUCCGUCGAUCCGUCCGCCGGCACCAUGUUCCUGGAGCGCUCCAAGCAAAGUCUCGAGAAUGGGAUGACGCGCAAAAAGUCCCAGCAUCAGAUCGUUCCGCAGGGCGGUGGUGGUCCUGGGAGUGGCGGUGGCGCUGGUGGUGGAGGUGGGGGUGGUGGUGGUGGAGGUGGAGGCGGUGGUGGCGGUAGCGGUGGGAUGCUGAAGAAGAGCAGCAGCUGCUCCACGAUCUACCUGGACGACAGUACCGUGUCGCAGCCGAACCUGAAGAACACGGUCAAGUGUGUGUCGCUCGCGAUCUACUACCACAUCAAGAACCGUACCAGCGAGCGGCGGAUAGACAUUUUCGACGAGAAGCUGCACCCGCUGACGCGCGACCCGGUGCCGGACGAUUACGAUCGGCACAAUCCCGAGCACCGGCAGAUCUACAAGUUCGUCCGGACGCUGUUCAACGCGGCCCAGCUGACGGCCGAGUGUGCCAUCAUCACGCUGGUCUAUCUCGAGCGGCUGCUAACGUACGCCGAGCUGGACAUUGCGUCCUGCAACUGGAAGCGGAUAGUGCUCGGAGCGAUUCUGCUCGCGAGCAAGGUGUGGGACGAUCAGGCCGUCUGGAACGUCGACUACUGCCAAAUCCUGAAGGACAUUACGGUGGAGGACAUGAACGAGCUGGAGCGACAGUUUCUCGAGCUGCUACAGUUUAACAUAAACGUGCCGUCGUCGGUGUACGCGAAGUACUACUUCGAUCUGCGCACGCUCGCCGAAGCGAACGAUCUGUCCUUCCCGACCGAGCCACUGUCCAAGGAGCGAGCGCAGAAGCUGGAAGCGAUGUCGCGCGUCAUGCAGGACAAGGCGACGGCCGAAGCGCUCAAGAACGGGAUGAAGAAGUGGUCCUCGAUCGACAAUAUCCACCAGCAGGGCGGCAUCCGGCGCAGCGUGGCCAUCCUGUCGUGAUUUUCUUCCCGCCCGUCCGCGGCCCACACCCGUGGCUGGUAAUGGGGGUUUUUGCGCGCCGGCCCCCGUGCUGUCUGAAAGGCAGCUUACGGUCGCUGCUAAAAAAAACAAAACUAAAACUUAGUUGUAAACUAUCGUCGUGUUAGAACGCAACGCUACUCUUACCCCCCUUAUCGCUACAUCUACACACACUCUGCACUGCGCACACACCGCUAUUGUAAUUACUCACACUCACUCACGUGCGUGGUAUGCGUGCGUUCUAGUGCUAUACGUUUGCUUCCGUGUCAGGAUUCAGUUUAAGAGGAGUAGAGGUAAAGUGUUUCAUUUGGAGAUGAAGCAGCAGAGCGAACCCUGUGCUACUCUACUGAAACGAUCCGCUUUUGUGCUCGAAUGGAGGAAGAUGAUCGUAAGCCGCUUGAGGGAACAGAAUUAGAGACGGCUACACAAGAUUUCGUUGGAAGUUUGAUCCAAAUCUGCAAAUCUGAUGCAACAACAACCUACAAACCUCCAUUUCAUUGCACAUGAUUCCGUUCCGCUUCUACACGAAAAAAACAAGAGAAUUUAUGAACAAAUUGUGUCAAUUUAUAAUAUUCUCCCAUGAAAAAAGCAACAUUGAAGCAUGGAAGGCAAUAUUUUUCUACGAUACUUGAUUGCGCGGAUCGAAAACAACGAUUAAAUUUAGCAGGAGGCAAAAACAAGGAUUGGAAAAUGGGGAAACAGUGAGAUAACGUGUUGGUUUUUCGGCUCAUUGCAAUUUGUUGCAUACUUGGGAUUAAAUUAUCAUGGUUAGAGUGUUUUUUAAUUGUAUUUUUAAAGCUGCUUGUUAAGAAGCACUUUUUUGAGUUAAAAGCGUACUGCGUUUUGUACGCUACCCGGCUUCCGUGUCGCUUUUUUAAUUGUUAAAUUAUUUUUAUUUGGAAAAUUAUUUUAAAUUUGUUCGAAAUCGUUUUUGUAAAUCGUUACUCACCAGCGUUCGAUCCAUUUGGGCGACGACAUAACUGCCCCCCUCCUUCGACAAAACUGCUUUUGCCUUCCAAAAUUCACAAAGCACACCCUUCCUUUCGCCCCCUUCCUUCUAUCUCUCUAUCUCACACUGCUGCCGUCACCGCCGACGCCGUCUAUACAAAUAUACUGAUAGGUAGAAUGCAUUUUCUAGUGAUAUUUCUUAAGAGUAACUACUAAACAAAGCUACACAAUAUUGUAUCUUGUAAAGCAACGUGGCGCGCAGAAUGGAGAAGGUUUGGCGCUCUACUUCAACUAUGAAAUGAACGAUUUGUAAAAAAAGGUGUCACGAUAGAAAAGAAGAAAAAAAAUAAAAGUAGAAAGUAGAAUUGAACCGCAUUACACACAACCUACACGGGCACUGCGCUAUUGCUAUUAUUCGUUCUCCAAAACACACACACACACGCUCACAAAAUCGAGUACUAGUGUAGCGGUAAAAUCUCAGCAUAAACAGGGUGUAAGGUCCACCUUUCUUCCGUUUUAAUGUGUUGUACCGAGGAAAAGGGGAAAACGCUUUUUUUAUAUAGUAACAGAAGAAAUUGAAAAGAAAAAAAAAACAAAAACAAAAGAAGCGUGUGUUUGUGUGGAUAAGAAAAGAAGAAGAAAAAACAGCGAUAAAGUAAAUACAACUAAAGAAAACGUAAUCAUUAAGGAAAAGACAGGCAAAACACAAGCAACAAAACGAACGAAGGUGUGAAAAUGAGAUGAAAGUAAACGAAACAACUUACUAUUGCAAUAGAGAUGAGAUAAAAAUGUAUACAAAGGUAGUAGCAAGUGCAAGACUUUUGAUUUUCGAGAUAAAUUGAGAAAUAGUAAAAAAACACAUUAGAAUGUGAAACCCCGCGUAAGAAAAAUUGAAGAAAAAACCCAGCGCCACCUACAUGUCCUACACAAGGAAAAGGAAAAGGCCACACAAUUAAACGAAAUGACCAAACAAACUAAAUUUUACCAAAACCACACAGAAUAGGUACACGUCAGUAAAAGUAGGGGAAAAAAUAGAGAGAAAAAAGUAGCAAAAACGUGGAGUUUUAAUUCAGAUGCCAACGAACGCGGAACGUAAUGUAUACAACAUGGGUUUUCUUUUCAACAUUGCAUGUUUUUUUAUCUCUCCAUCGCUAGUCGAACAAAUGUCUUUUGCUCCAGAUAGCCAGACAAGGGGCUAGAGAGAGAGAAUACGUGUGCUUACAAUAUAAGCAUACAACUGCUCUUGAUUUGCUGCUUUGUUAUCACCUUCUUCUUCUCACGCUUUACCCUUCAGCUUCUAAUCUUAGUCACAUUCGAUGGGUUCACCACCAACUAAGUCAUGUAGGUUUUGUCUGUUUGCUUGUUUUAUGCUUACAAUUACCACCACCACCAAACCAAUUAGGGAUUGCGCGCGAAGAACGGAAACCAAACCUCACAAUAAAGAUCAAUGUGAGUGUGAGAGAGAAAUUAAAAAUAAAUAGUAAUUUACAUUUGUUAAAAAACACGAGUCAGGGAGUCUCCCAAAUUCGGAAUUGUGGUGCGUGUGUUUGUCCUAGAACUUCCACGACGGUAAAAAAUCGAAGCGUAAAAUUAAUUCGAUUAGUCACUAAAACAAAAGCAUGUGUGUAAUUUGUGUAAAAAAACUGUAACUUCCAAUGAUAAAUUUUUAUAUUUUGCUUUCCCCCACUUGUUGUUUGGUUUAUAUUCCGGAUAGGUAAGCACCCUCUCUACAGCACAAUAUAGUCAAAGGGCACGGUAUUAAACGGAAAAGUAAACAAAAUUUAAAUUUAAAAAGGAACGAAGUGUACGAACACUGAAAAUUUGUGGAGUCUCCGCGCACGAUGACUGAAGAUUAAAAAGCGGGAAUAGACAAAAAAACAAACAAACACGUUUUCGGUAACGGUAUUUUAGAACAAAACAAAAACGUUAAUAAAUGUGCGAGAGAAGAAAAACACACACACACACACACAGAAACAUACACAACCCAUGUGUAGAAGAACAAGAAAAAUAGUCACUAGAAACAGAGCAAGAAUAAAAAAAGCGAAAAGUGGUGUGUGUAAAAUGAAAAAGUAAAUAAAAAACAUAAAAACACACAGAAGCAAACAACAAAUACACAAUUCCGUUCGCAACCGAUGAUAGCAAUCGAAGAAGAAGUAAAAAAGAUAUUGUCAUAAUAGGAACUAUGAAAACGUAUAAAGCUAUAAAGAAAGGCGCACUGGAAAACGGCAAAUAGCAAAGUAGAAAGCGAAAAAAGCGGAAUGAAAGGGAAAAGAAAGCUGAAAGUGGAUGAAGCAAAUGGGGGAAAAAAGGAAUUAUCGUACCAAUUUAUAUAUGAAAAAUCGUAAAUCGUGUAUAAGAAGAGCCUAUUGCGAAGGGAAUGAAAUAGUCUUCAUAAUGGUAAGGAAACGAAACGAAACACAGGAAUAAAAGGCAGAGAGACAGAGAGGGAGAGAGAGAGUGUAACACAGUAAAAUAAAAUCGAAAGAGAAUUUAAAACCAACCAA